UCCAUCCCAAGUCGUCCGUCCGUCGUCGGCUACUGCCACUUCCCCCGAAAAGGACCUCACUCCCCAGCCCAGCCCACCCCUCCCCGCCCGCUGCACAGUCCAAAUCCCCGCUCCGGCCCGGCGACCGACCGAGGAUGCCCGCCUCCAUGCCCAAGCUGCUCUUCCUCCUGCUGCUCCUCCUCCUCGCCGCGGCCGCCCACUCUUCACCGGUCGUCCCGGAUGCGGCGGGCGAGGGGUCCGACCAGGCGGCGGUGCGCAUGGUGCCGAUGGCCCCGGCUGGGGGGUCGGGGUUCAGCGGGGUGGUGCUGAACGAGACGCGGCGGCGGCUGGGGAGCUUCCAGCUCUGCGCGCCCUGCACCUGCUGCGGCGGGCCCAGGGGCGCCUGCGUCCUCUCCCCGUGCUGCUACGCUAUCAACUGCAACAUCCCCAACCGCCCAUUCGGAUUCUGCUCCUUCACGCCCAGGUCUUGCGACUGCCUCCACUGCAACGUCUGAGCUCUGCUUCUGCUCUGCCCUGCUCUCGAGGGUGAUGAGGGCAAUGUUGAGGGCGAUAGUAAGUAUUUUAGAGUGUGGGUGGGGAAAAAGGACAUGACAGCAUGAGAGUUCCCCCAACCCGAAUGCUUGCCGAUUUGUUAUUGUUUUAGCCCUAUAGCCAUUUUGCUACCGAAUUGUUAUUAAGUAUAUGGUGUAGCUGCUACCUCUUGAUGGAUGGAAUUGGUUGGUUAGCAAAAGAGUGGUUGAUUUGGAGACUGGUUA